UUUGGACGAUGCACAAUCUUUUUCACGUCAUAAAAAGUUAAACCCACCGGCAUCUGUUGUCGAUCAUAUCAUUUUCCACUGCUCCUGAAUUGUAAUCGUAACUUGUAUCGAAGAGAGAAGUUAAACACUCUGAUUAGCUGAGCUGAGUUGAGUAGGGAGUUGAAGGAAUGGCAGCUGAAGUUGUGCUUACUUUUGCUGCGGAGGGAAUACUGAACAAGGUGCUUUCACUUGCUGCUCAACCAUUCAGUCUUGCAUGGGGUUUCAAAGCUGAACUCCGAAAGCUUCGAGACUCAUUCACCAGCAUUGAACGUUUGUUGAAUAAUGUUGCCGACAAACCACAAGAUCCGUUAAUAGAGGCAUGGGUGAAGAAACUCAAAGACGUAGCUCAUGAUGCUGAGGAUGUCUUCGAUGAACUCGAGUACGAAGGAUAUCGGCGUAAAGUCGAAAUCCGAAACCAUAUGAAGAAAAAGGUUCUUAACUUCUUUUCAAUCUCCAAUCCACUUGCAUUUCGUCUUCAAAUGGCGCGUAAAAUUCAGAAGAUCAAUGCAUCCUUGGUGGAUCUCAAGAGUGACGCAUCUCUUCUUGGACUAGUUUCCAAGAAUAAAGAUGCAACCUCUCAGGGGAUUAGAUGGGACAGACAAACCAACGCAUUCUUUGGCAAAGAUGAAAUACCCGUUGGACGGAAAGCUGAUGUGUCAAAAAUAGUCACAACCUUGACCGACUCCAAAUACAGUAAAGAAAAUCUUGCGGUCAUGGCGAUUGUGGGUAUGGGAGGCCUCGGAAAGACAACAUUGGCCAAGUCAGUUUACAAUGAGGAUUCGAUAGACAAAUUAUACUUCAAAUUUGAUAGAAAGGUUAUUAGCAUGAGUACUCAGCUGAAGAAGAAUUUCAAAAAGCAGAUGCAGUCUUUGACUUCUUUGGAAAUUCCUCGGAGGAGCGAUUUGACUUGGGAUUCCGCAGAAGCCUUUGUCAAACAGUAACAGUUUGUGACAUAAAUUUCAUUCAAUGCCGAUCCUUCAUUUACACCUUGGAUGGUGAUUAGGGUUUCAGCUAAGAUAAUAGACCAGCAUGCAUUCGGUUGAAUAUUGAUAUUCCGGUUGAAGUACAAGUUAGCUCUUCUUAAGCAGACUAAGUUUUCAUCGGUGAAUUGGUGAAUCUCUGGAUGGUGAAUUAUUACAAGGGCUUUCUUCUGCUUUGAUCGUUUCUCUCUUGAGAUUCAAAGUUGGUUUGAGCUGAGUUUUGAUGGGGCAUGGAAGGAAGAGGAAGAUAGAGGGGGAAUUGGAGUGGUGCUAAGAAACGACACAGGUCAGUUUGUGGCGGCGCUGGCUAUGAAACUGGACGGCAUCUCUUCACCGUUGUUGGCAGAAAUAGAGGUAGCACGUGCUGCAAUCUUGCUUGUGCGAGAGUUAAACAAGGAACUGGUGGAACUUGAAGGAGAUGCAGCGUUGGUCCUUGCUGCGCUAAAUCUAAGAUGACAUGUCGUUGAUGGAUAGUAUGGUAAAUGAGGAGCGCUACUUCCUGCGCUCGACUCCACAAACCAAACUCAAGCAUGCUUGCAGGGAGACAAACAAGGUUGCUCACAGAUUGGCGCAAUUGGGACUCACUCUAGAACAGCGACGAGUUUAGUUCGAGGAAUCUCCUGAUGUAAUCACUGACCUUCUAAUAGAGGAUAGUUAAGUUUUAUAUUUCGUGGUGCGGGACGCUCUUUUUCCUGACGUUGGAACCAGCUACGAGAUGCUUGUUUGAGUCCGUAUAAUGACUUGUGAAGUCGACGAACCAUAGUCUCCCCCUGUCGACGAUAACCAGGAGGUGGUAACAUAUAGACUUCCUCAUGCAGUGCACCGUGAAGGAAAGCAUUUUGGACAUCCAUUUGGUGAAGAGACCAGCUGCGAACAGCAGCAAUGGUCAAGAGACAUCGGACACGUGAAGAAGCCCGACACUGACUUUGAAUUCUACAAAUGAUCGGUGCUGGAAGCUCAUAUAGUAGUUCUGUUGCUCUGGUUGAUUAAAAAUGUUCUGUUAUGUUUAAUUUGGUCACAAUCACCACACAAGCCGCAUCGGGAGGUAUUGGUUCCUUUGAACAAUUGCAGCUCAAUGUAGGGAUGCCUUUUACGACAUUCCGAAUUAUUGCGGUGAUGAUGUAUGAUAUCGAGCCAUGGAAUUGUUUUAUUUUCUUUGUCUUUCGGAUAAUGUGGGUGAUUUUUAGUUGGAGAACUGUUUAGGGAAAACUGUAACAAAGUAUACUGAAAUUUACGUUCCAUUCUUACUGUUUGUAGAGAUGGCACAGUUUGCAGCAA